CUUGUCAGAUUGCUGCAGUUGAAUGAGCAGCCCGUUGGAUGGAGGCAAAGUGCAUGGGGAAAUACUUCAUUUCAGAGGCUGCAGAAGAAAAAGGAGGAGGAAGUAGCAGGAAGAGCAAAAAGUUUCUUGUCUCCUCCACUUUGGCUGCAGCUGUUAAGUCAUGGCUGAGGAAGCUGCAGAUGUAACUCGGCUGCUCAAACGCCAAAAGCCAAAGCUGAUAGAGAUUCUCAAAGCGGAUGCAGAUUUUGUUCUGCAGUUUGCACAUUCUCGUGAUCUGCCUUCUGAUACCGGCUAUGAGAAGAUUAAAUCUUGUCACGUUCCUAGUGAAAAGGUGCGAGACCUUUUAGAUCACGUCAUCAGCAGAGGGCACCAAGCAGCACAAGGCAUGCUGGAGCUGCUGAAGGAAAAGGAGAUGCAGAAAACAUUUCCUAUGCUUGCUUUUGUUAAAGAUCUGGAUAUGACAACACCAUUGUCAGUUGAAGAUUCCGAAACGCAAAAUCCAGUUCCAGCUAAAAAGGUUUGCCGUAAUGGCCGUGGCAGGGUGACAGAACCACAGCUGAUGACUGUGGCUCGCGGUCUUGGCCAUUCUUGGAGGCAGAUCGGCAUACAGGCUCUGGACAUCCCAUCUGUGAGGAUAGAACACAUCGAAGAGGAGAAAACAAACCAUGUGGACCGAGUCUUUGCCAUGCUUCGUUACUGGCGCAACCAGAAGAGAGAAGAAGCUACUGCUGCUUGCCUGCACUCCCUCCUCAGUCAGAAAGACCUAGAAGUGCCUUCUGAGAGUAUUGACUUUCUGCUGGAGAAUGACUGAGAUCUUCCCUCAGGAGAAAAUGAAAACUUUUUACGGCAAAUGUUUUUACUGGGAAUGAGUAUAAUAGGACAGAAUUAUGCUAAGAUUUGACUAUACUUACAGUAAUAGGGUCUGGGUUGUAAAAUGUUUUUUUCUCUUUUUAAUCAAGGAAAAAAUUGAAAAACUGCAGUAAUUUUCUUUAAAUUUAUUGUAAAUAGAGACUGGGAUUUACAGUGGGAAAAAAUCCUCUUUUUUUAUAUAUAAAUGUAUUUUAUUUAUUUUUACCCUUUCAUGCUUUAAUUAAUCUUGAGUUUCUCUGUUUGGCUCAGACGAUUACAGAUCAUCAUUCCAUGUUCUCUUGAAAUGUUAACUUCUUUUAAUUGUAUUUUAUUUAGUGAAAUAUAUCUAACAAACAAA